GAGGACAAAAGACUACUAGUUAAAGAGUCUACUAAGUUUAUCUUAAAUUAUCCUAAACUAUCAUAAGUUAUGCUAAAUUCUCCUAAAAUUACCUAAGGAUUUAUAUAACUUAGAAAUAAAGUCUUCGGUUUUCUGCCACCCAAGAACAAGGGGGUUCUUCAAUUGAAGGACUUCAGUAACAAGCCCAGAUCAACGCCAGCAAGAACAAGGCCGUGGCACGACUUCCGGUCACAAUUGUUUUUGAGCACUUCCACAAACUCAAACCGCAAAUGCCCAAAUCUGCUGCGGAUAAACUUGUCCAGUUCCUCAAAACAGACAAAUGGGUAGCAUGCCACCAACCCUAGCCAAUACCGACUGUAUGAAGUCCUAAAGGGCAACGGACUUAUCAAACAGCUUCAUUUUGGCAUGUGGAUAGUUGUUUUGGCCAUCUGGCCCAAAAACUCGUCCGUUAGUCAGAUUGCAGAGGAAAUGUCGAAGCUCUGGGGAGCGAAGUUCCCCAAAACGAAGCCGAUUUUCCCAGCAAACAUGACCGACAAUGACAUUGCGGCCAAGUGGGAGGGGCUUGUUCCGAAGCUCAUGGAUAAAGAGCGUGAAAACGAUGACAACAAGCACGACGAAGAAAGCAAGGACAGCGAUGACGACGAUGACAAGAAGAAGAAGAAGGACGAGGGCUCUGAUACCGACAGCGGUACCGACCUCGAAGAUCGGAAACGAAAGCAAAAGGUUCUUGAGGACGCCGAAGAGGCUACUAUGCCUAAAAAAAAAAAAAAAAAACUAGAAAAAAGGGCACUGAAGAUAUUGAGCCGUGGGAUCUUACUAAGUCCGACGAUGAGGAUGGCCCUCGCAAUACGGAAGCAGAAUAUGAAGGCAGUGAUCUCUAAUCAACAAGAGACUAUCAAAGCAUAUAAGCAUAACGCCAAGCAGCACCAGAUCGUUGUCCAGAAGCGGGAUCUUGAGUGCAAGGAACUAUCUUCGGAAAACAGACAGUUUGAGAAAGAGAACGAGAAGAAGACUGAGAUUAUCAAGAGACUUAAACUUGAAUUCAAGCGACAGGACGAGACAAACGCCAGUCACAAGUCCAAGGAUAAGGACAACAAGUCUAAGCUCGGGGACGCUGGCACGCAAGAACAACUUCUCUAA